AUGCCUUCAUAUUUUGGAAUUAAAGAGACUCGGUCCAGUAUUCGGAGAAUGCGCUUUGAUGCAUCUACGGCACGCUUCAUAUCAGGAACAAAUGCAAUCACGCGUCCAGAGGCGGUGAGACUGAACACGAUCGCGGCGAAUGCUCUGAGAGUGGAGUGGAAGAACGAAAAGGAGACUAAAGAAGAUAGUGAGUUGAGCAUGGAAAAGAAACUCGGUGGACAUUUUCGUCCAAUAUUGUCCAUCAAAAUUAUUGACAUAUAUCAAUACAAAUUCACCAAAAUAGGCACCAAUGCAAAUUCAUCUAGUUUCUAG